AUCAGCUGCCCCGACUUCGGGGAGUGGAGGGACUCGGGCUUGGACCAUCACAACCUCCAGGAUUUCAUCGAGCUGCGCUACAACCCGGGCUGCAUCCUGCCGGAGAUGGAGGGACUGGAGGAGUUCAUGGAGUACCUCUCGGAGUCGCUGGAGCCCCAGUCCCCCUUUGACCUCCUCGAGCCUCCCACCAUGGUGGGCUUCCUCAAGCUCUCCAAGCCCUGCUGCUAUAUCUUCCCGGGCGGGAGAGGGGACUCGGCUUUCUUUGCCGUCAAUGGCUUCAACGUCCUGGUGAACGGAGGCUCCAACCCCAAGUCAUCCUUCUGGAAGCUGGUCCGGCACCUGGACCGCAUCGACUCCAUCCUGGUGACGCACGUGGGCACGGACAGCCUGCCCGGCGUCAACAGCCUGCUGCAGAGGAAGCUGGCCGAGCUGGAGGAGGAUCCGUCCCAGGGCUCACAGGGUAACGGGGACUGGGCGAAGAAUCUCAUCUCGCCGGAGCUGGGUGUCGUCUUCCUCAACGCCUCCGAGAAGCUGAAGAACAUCGAGGGCAACUCCCGGGUGCUGAAGAGCUGCGAUGAGGCUGCCCUGACCCUGCACUACCUGGAGAAGCUGGGCAUCCGUCCCAACCCGCUGGCCCGGGACAGCGGACCCCGCGCAGAGCCCACCGUCCUCUUCCAGAAGAUGGGAGUGGGUCGGUUGGACAUGUACGUCCUGAACCCCGUGAAGGGCACCAAGGAGCUGGAGUUUCUCCUGCAGCAAUGGUCGGGCAACAGCUACCCCAAGGAGCAGGACUUGCCCCUGCAGUGCCUGACCUCCGUCUGCGCCCUCCUCGUCUGGCACCCCGUCAGCCCCUCCGAGAAGAUCAUCCGGGUCCUCUUCCCCGGCUGCACCCCCCAGGGCCACAUCCUGGAGGGGCUGGAGAAGGUGAAGCACCUGGAGUUCCUCAAGCACAGGAGGGCAGAGAGCAAGGAGAGCCUGAAAUCGGCUUCCAAGCUCAGCUUGGUGGAUGCCGGGGCACCGGUGCUGAAGGAGAAGGCUCCGAAGGUGGAGAGGAAGGAGGUGAAGGCAGGGACCAAGGAGAAGCCAAAAUCCCUGGGGGAGACGGCCAGAGCAGGGUCGGAAGAGGAGAAAGGCAAGGACGCUCGAGCCAAGCUGGACUCUUCGAUGGAGAAGCUGAAGGCGGAUGCAAAGCCCAAGCUGAGCAAGGAGAAG